CGACCGACCACGUCUCCGUCUCUUUUAAACGGCACCUGGCCCACCAGUUUCUCCUUUCUCUGAACCACUUUUUUUCGUCGCCGCCCCGAUGUCGCAACAGCGAGCAAGCAGCCAGGCUAACAGCCUCGGCAACAUCGAGCUAAUGUUCAAACAAAUUAUGGAGGUUGUUCACAAGUCGCAACUGGAAAUUGCAGAGCUCCGGUCAGAGACUCAUGAGCUGCGUCAAGCCAAUGCCAGCCUGGAACGUCAGAUCAAAGAGGGUAUACAGUACAACGGCAAUGGGUCGAGGUUCGGGACGGGUUUCAACACGCCAGCUCCUAGCAGCCCGCAACUGCGCGCAAAAUCACCCUUCCUCUCGCCCGCCUCCAUUCCUUCACUAGCUGUACCCACCAGCAUAUUUGUUCCAUCACCACUGGGCGACAAUGCCCUCUCCCAAUUCCCUUUCACCUGCCGAGAGAUUCCCGGUUUCUACGUGGUCAUUCCUGCGGGAGGCGCAGGGACCCGUCUUUGGCCGUUGUCUCGUGAGGAACACCCGAAAUUCCUUCUUGACCUCACCCUCAAGGGUCGCUCCCUGAUUCAAGCGACAUGGGAUCGUCUCCUUCCUCUCACCAGCGCCGCCCGUACGACCAUCGUCGCAGGCCCCGCACACGUCAGGAAGAUCCGCGAACAGCUCCCUGACCUCCUGGCACACAACAUCUUCUGCGAGCCGAGCGCGAAGGACUCGCUGGCUGCCAUCGGUCUCGCCGCCGCCAUCCUCGCCCACCGGGACGAAGCCGCCAUCAUCGGCAGUUUCGCCGCCGACCACAUGAUUUCCGGCGACGACGCGUUCCUCGCUGCGGUCGCAGAGGCCGUCGAGGUUGCGAAGCAGGACUACCUCGUCACCAUCGGUAUCGCGCCGUCGCACCCCAGCACUGGCUUCGGUUACGUCCGUCUCGGUGAGAAGGUGGGCAUGUCCAACGCGCCGAACGCGCGCCUCGUCUCGAGCUUCAAGGAGAAGCCAGACGCGCGCACCGCUGCAGCAUACAUCAAGACAGGUAACUAUCGCUGGAACGCCGGAAUGUUUGUCACGAAAGCCACGUUCCUGAUGGACCUCCUCAAGGAGUAUAAGCCUGAGAUGCAUGACGGUCUCAUGAAGAUCGCUGCUGCCUGGGACGACGAAAGUCUGAGGCAGAAGGUCCUCGACGACAUCUGGCCCAGUCUCGAGAAGAUCGCCAUCGACAACGCCGUCGCUGAGCCCGCCGCUAUGGAUCGCCGUGUUGCUGUUGUCCCCGCCACCUUCGGUUGGGACGACGUCGGAGACUUCUCCUCGCUCGCCGACCUGCUGCCCGCAGAGUCAAAUCAGCCACGCGUACUGGGCGACAACAACCUCGUUCUCACUGAGCAAGUCGCCGGUGGCAUUGUCGUGCCCGGCUCUGGCCGCCUCGUCACGCUGCUCGGCGUUGAUGACCUAGUCAUCGUCGACAUGCCCGACACGCUCCUCGUCACCACGCGUGCACGGUCCCAGGAGGUCAAACGCAUCGUCAAGAAGUGCAAGGAAUCUGGCUUUAAGCAACUGCUGUAGUCUCUUUCCAACCGUCAUCGCUCGAAGACCAACCGCCCUACACAUCGGGCUGCUUGCCUAGCGGAGCUGAGCUUCGUUUCCUCGCUCCCCACAGACUUUCUGCUCAUUUUCAGUUCUAUUGUCUCGUUUGUUUCUGACUGUUAACGUACUACUCGGGAUCCUUUGACUGCGACUAUCCUAGCUCUUACUUGCUGUACUGCUUCUUCCAUAUUUAUCUCGCAUCCUACCGUAAUGCAAAGGGACUAUUGUUAUCUCCUAUUCUUUUCUCCAUGUUCCUGAUGAUGAGAAGACUAGGCAGUUGCGAGCGGGGAGUUGCAAGUUCGGAUGAUAUCUACCGCAUAACUCAGGAGGCGAAGCACAAGGCUACGUAAGCUCGCGGGGGAAUGAUCUAGGCGAUAGAACAUGCCAGGGCGAGAAAUCCAAUUCUCCGGUUAUCGUCAGCCAGUACUCGAUCCAGUCUUUGGUGUAAUCCUCGCCGAACGCCGGG